AUGGAGACCACGAAGCAACCUAUCGGAUUGUCGAACCAGCUGGAGGCGCUUAAUUUCAAGGCGCUAUUGUCAGACAACUCCAUUAACCUCAAUAGAAAUCGUAAACACAUUAAAUCGACUACCAGAGGAAAUUUCAGGGAGCAAAUAUUGAGAAAAGUACAGAAUAGAAUAUCACCCGAAACCAUACAAGAAGACAGUAAAAUACCUCUGACUUGUCAAUUCCAACUGUUCCAGACUGCCAUGAAACACUUACUUAUAAGCGGUCAAUUUAUGGGUUUGAAUCCAGUUAGUCGUAUAUCAGAUCAUAACCCAACUAAAAUAAGGUUCACAGUAUUUUCCUGGAAAUUUGUUUAUGGUGUAAUAAUUGGCAUUGCCCAAGCAUGUGCCACAGUUUUGUGCUUCUGUAAACUCCUGAAGGAUAGUGUUAAUAUUGUUGCAUUAGCUUAUUUUGCAUUCUAUCUAUCCACUGGUUGCAAUACUUUCAUAUUUUUGAGAGUUGCAUCAAAAUGGCCUACUUUAAUAAAACACGUGUACGAAACUCAGCUCGACAGCUAUAUCGAUGUCAAAGUUAAAAACAAGUGCUUUGCCGCAUACAUUAUUUUCUUUUCAAUGUCAAUGACGGAACACAUGCUUUCUUUGCUUUCAAGAUUCGUAAUAACGAUGGACUGUUUACCAAAGGGCAGUGAUCUUUUUGAGAGCUAUAUCAUCAGGAACUUUCCUUGGUUGUUCGAAUUUGACGUCCCGUAUUAUCUGCCUGUUGGAAUUAUACUGCAGUUCCUGACUUUGGUUUCAACGAUUAACUGGAGCUACUCAGAUCUGUUCAUAGUGUGCAUGAGCAUUUACCUCACAUCCAUAUUAAAACAGAUCAACAAGAAAAUAGAGAUGGCUGGUAAUUCCAAUCACCUGCCUAUACCGUUCUGGCGAACAUUACGGGAGGACUACACAAGAGCAACGCGUCUCGUUCGCAGCUUCGACGAUACAAUCAGCAGCGUUAUAUUUUUAUCGUUUGCCUCAAAUCUAUUUUUUAUAUGUCUACAAUUGUACAAUAUACUAUCUAACGGUGUAACAUCGAAGUAUAAUUUGUUGAAGGAGAUGUGCCCAAACUAUCCGUCAGGGCCAUUAGGCGGUUACGAACAAAUAAUGUAUUUAUUGUUCUCUCUUUCGUUCCUAUUGGGUCGUUCUCUAGUCGUCUCGCUUGUCGCAGCCAAAGUACACUCUGCUUCGAUGGUACCGGCUUCAGCUUUGUAUAACAUACCACGAAAUAUGUACUGUUCGGAAAUUCAGAGGUUCUUGGACCAAGUGCAUGGUGAUAAGGUCGCGUUGAGCGGUCUUCGUUUUUUUUACGUCACUAGAAGCCUGGUUUUGUCGGUUGCUGGCACUAUUGUCACUUACGAGCUGGUGUUGCUACAAUUCAGCAAUGAAGAUUAA